UACAAAACAUCUAAUAAAAUUUUCAAAAUGUAAAAUCUGUCUCUGUCUCUCUCUCCAGUAUCGAAACAAAUUGAUUUCAUUGAUAUAUAACUCUAUUUUAAGUAGAAGAUUAGAAAACAACUAUUCUUCAAGUAACUCUAUUCUUAGAAAAAAAACAAACUCAAAAAUGGAUAAUAAAUGAAAACUGUUUCUAAAAAUCAGGAUAUUUUUACAUUUUCUUAUAAAAAAUUAAAAGCACUAUCUUUCGUUUGCUCGGUCUUCUCCCCACUCAGCAAAAUCGGGCUUAUAUACUUCCACUCCUUCUCCUUCUUCCUUUAUCAUUUACCAAAAACCAUUAACACACACACGUUCAUCUCAUUCAAAAUCUUCAAUCAUUGUUUUUUUUUUCCAGUCUCCUUUUUUUGAUUUCUUGCCCCCAUCGAAUGAGCCAAAUAAAAACCAUCCACAAUCCCAUUGGGUCAAUAGAGAGAUUUUUGGAUCUUCUCUUGAUCUCUCUCAUCGUUUACAUGACACUUAAAGGCGGCACGAGUGGUGCAUGUGCUGCGUGCAAGUACCAACGCAGACGCUGCGCCGCGGACUGCCCACUCGCACCCUACUUUCCAGCCGAACAGCCAAAGCUCUUCCAAAACGUUCAUAGGCUUUUCGGCGUUAGAAGCAUCGUUAAAAUACUCGAGAACCUCGACGAAGUUCAGAGACCAGAAGCGAUGAAAUCAAUUAUAUUUCAGUCUUACGUCCGAGAUCGUAACCCUGUCCACGGUUGCCUUGGGAUCACGCAACAGCUUCAAUACAUGAUAUGGGUCGCCGAGGAAGAGCUCAAAGCCGUAAAUUCUCAAUUACAGCUCUAUCGUAACGGUCAGAAUCACCCUAACCCUCAUAAUAUGAUGAUUCACGAGAUUGGUGAGAAGCAAGAAGAUCUCACGUCGCAGCUUGAUUUGGGAAUGGGACUUCCGGUUAACACUAACCAAGGCAAUAAUACCAUACCGUUUUUCAGUCCGGUUUCUGAAACACAGCAGCUACAACAACCUCAGCAUAUGUCUUAUUGUAGUGAAGUUAAUAAUAACCAUGACUACAAUCCCACUCCAGAGUCAUGUAAGGAAGUUCUCAAUAAUCAUAAUAACACUUCUUUGGCUUGGGGUCAGAGUCAGUUUCCUUAUAAUCAUCAUCAUAACUAUGGAUUCAUGAAUCAAAACGAGCAUUGUAGCGAGACGAAGAACAAUAACAGUGUGAUGGCUAUACAAUCUCAACUUGUUAAUCUUCAGAUGGCAUCGAAUCAACAAGAGGAAGAAGUUGAUGUUCACAACUAUGAUGAAAUCCAUCAGUUCCUCGAAAUCAUCGAUGAGAGUCAAUCUUUCACGGAAACGAAAGAAGUGUACGCUUCAAGCUCUGGUGAAUCUUCGAAGGAACCUAUAGAUGAAAUAGGGGAGAAGGAGUUGAGGAGGGCGGCAACUUGCUUUAGUCUCACGAGUGUGAAUUGAUACUCAAUGUUGAUCAUGGGGACUAAUCUUUUUCUUCUUCAAAUUUUGAUUUGUCUUAAUUGUGUUUUCAGUUAUUAUUGAUCCCAACGCCUUGUUUAAGCGUUGAAUCUUUAUUUCUAAUAAUUUUUGAAUGUUUAUUUAUCAUUGCUUCUUAUGUUUUUUUUUCAAUAUUUAUAUUUGUCAUUUAAAAUUUGGGCUCUCU